AGAUUUGACUUCACCAACGAGUUAUCACACGAUUUUUCCUCAUUCUCAUCAAAUUCAUUUCAUUCAUAUGUGAUUCAUUUGAGCGAUUUUUCAUCAGCACUCAUCCCCACUGUUCUAAAAGCUUCAGAGCUUCGCUAUUAUUGAAGGCCUUGAAUGCCUGGAUCGCAUUUCUGAGCGGCCUUGUCACCUUACCACCCUGAGUUGCUCGUGUCAGGCUUUGGCAGUGAUAUUGAGUUAGUUCAUGUUGACGUGACCCUAGAUUCGAAUCAGCUAUAAACUACACGGAGAAAAUAAGUUUCAGAAUUCGUUACGUUUUCCACGCACGGUGAAAGCCAUGGCAAGCCCAAAUGAUGCGAACGGCUUGACAGCAGUCGUCGAUUCGGAGGCCUCGGAUGGUGCUGCACCAAAGCAACCCUCACAGUUCUCUUGGAUGGAUCCCCACCCCAUCUUUGUCAUUAUUCUGGUCGGCAGCGAGGAGCAGCCUUUUGGCAUACAAAAGGACUUCCUGUGCGCAAAGUCUUCAUACUUUCGCGAUCACUUUGACCGCAAUCAGCAGGAGCAGCAGAUUGAGCAUGUUGUCAAUCUCAGCGAGACUCCCGUAGAGGUGUUCGCAUGCGCACAAAACUACAUCUACACAGGUCAGGUCUGCCCAGACCUGGGAACCCUGCCAUCAUAUGAAGUCCUUAUAGGCGUCUGGAAGCUUGGUAAUGAACUUGGAAUCGACGGGCUCUGCGAUAAGACUCUCGAGGCUAUGAACGAGUGUCGACGAAUCACCCAGCGAAUCCCUGCCACCCCGGUGCUCGUCCAGGUUUGGCGGGACACACCCGAGGGUUCCUCCAUCCGGCUUCUCUUCCUCGAGUGGGCCGCCGAGUACAUGCGGUCUUCCGAAUCGCGAGCCGAAUUCGCCCGAUCUCUUCCUCAGGAGGUUUUGAGCGAGCUCGUCAUAGCUAUGAGUUCCUUGGACUUCCCCCCUGCAUCGACCGUACCUGGAUCGGCGUCUCCAAAUACCUGCACCAACAGCAUUGCUGCUCCGUCUAGGAGUACACACCAGCUCGAAGCAGAUGGGCUCGAGGAGAUCGCCCCUGCUCGGGCUGUGAAGAGGGCCCGGCACUCAGACGUCCUCCCCAACGGCGACGCCGCCGCAGCCCGCACAUCUCUCAAAGCCCACAAAACCUCCCUCCACUCCAAGCCAGCUAGAGCGUCUCUGCCGGCAGCCAAGCCUGUCGUUACCACCCAGAGGCGAAGGGGAAAGCAGCAGCUGGCUGACCUGAAUCCUACCGUAGAGCAGAAACUCGAGUUCUGCUCAGAUCUGUUGACUAGGAUGGUGUCCGGACCCGGAUUCUGGACCCGUAUUGUUGGUCCGUUCAAAGAACCUGUCGACCCCCUCCGUGACGAAGUCCCUGAUUAUUUCACAAAGAUUAAUCGCCCGAUGGACCUAAGGACCAUGAAGAACAAGAUGGACCAGCGCCUGUACAAAGACGAGGAAGAAUUUGUCGCAGACAUGCGGCAGAUUUUUACCAACUGCUACACGUACUGGACGAAAAAGGACCCCAUGUGGGCCGCGUGCGAGAGGCUUGAGAAGAACUUUGAGGACAAGUAUGGAAGCAUGAACGCCUGGAUCUCCAAGAUGUCGGGCUGCGAAGGUCAGUAGUCGAAUCGAGAACAGGCAUGUCAUUCGCAUGGUCGACUUAGGGCAUGACGAAGGGAAAUGGGUGGUUUGCAUCAUCUAGACUUGUAAAGCCAGUCACACAUAUAUAUGUCCGCCUUCUUGUUUGACUGCUACUUUGGGGUCAUAAGAUACAGGAUCUGGGCAAACUUGUACUCGGGUCGAACAGGCAAAUUCCGCACAAUCUGGGGAAAGCUAUAACUAUGGCUUUUACAGAGGCUGACUUGUUCCUAUCACCCCUCCUCUCCAUCACUUUUCAUUUUACCCCUUAAUAUCAUGUGGCACGAUUAAGGCAGUCAAGUGGGACGUCUGUACAGUAAUAAUAGCAGAAAAUGGUGAUUUUCCUCGUUGUUUAUCACAUUGCUUCAGUUAUUUCGGGAGUAAUGCCCUGGGAAGAUUUUGUACAACCUU